UUUGAAUCUUGUGGGCCGUUGGAUGGAGCUGCUUGCGGUCGGCUUUGCGGCUCCGCGGAAGAAGGGAAAAGUGACACGACCAUUCUGGAACUUCUGCCCAACGCGCCUUGUAAAAUGAAUGAAAAUAAACCUGGUGCCUCACAGAAUCUUGCUUGUGUUUUUUGUCGAAAAAAUGAUGACUGUCCUAAUAAAUAUGGAGAAAAGAAAACUAAUGAGAAAUGGAAUCUCACUGUACAUUACUAUUGUUUGUUGAUGUCAAGUGGAAUUUGGCAGAGAGGUAAAGAAGAAGAAGGAGUUUAUGGUUUUCUAAUAGAAGACAUCAGGAAAGAAGUGAACAGGGCUUCUAAACUGAAAUGCUGUAUUUGCAAGAAAACUGGUGCUUCAAUUGGAUGUGUUGCACCCCGAUGUAAACGAAGUUAUCAUUUCCCAUGUGGACUUCAGAGAGAAUGUAUUUUCCAAUUUACUGGCAAUUUUGCGUCAUUUUGUUGGAAACAUCGACCUGUUCAAAUAAUUUCAUCUAAUAAUUAUAGAGACUCCUUACCAUGUACCAUUUGCUUGGAAUUUAUCGAGCCUAUUCCAACUUACAGCAUAUUACGAAGUCCUUGUUGUAAGAAUGCUUGGUUUCAUAGAGACUGUUUACAGGUUCAAGCAAUAAAUGCAGGAGUGUUUUUCUUUAGAUGCACAAUAUGCAAUAAUAGUGAUAUAUUUCAGAAAGAGAUGCUGAGAAUGGGAAUUCAUAUUCCUGAAAAAGAUGCAUCUUGGGAAUUAGAGGAAAAUGCUUAUCAAGAACUUCUGCAGCACUAUGAGCAUUGUGAUGUCCGAAGAUGUCGUUGCAAAGAAGGGCGAGACUAUAAUGCACCUGAUAGCAAAUGGGAAAUAAAGCGCUGUCAGUGUUGUGGUUCUAGCGGAACACAUUUAGCUUGUUCCUCAUUACGAUCAUGGGAACAAAAUUGGGAGUGUUUGGAAUGUAGAGGUAUUCUCUACAAUUCAGAGGAUUUCCAAAAAGCCAAAAAACAUACAUUACCCAACACUAACAGUAUGGGAAUAACUGAUUGUUUGUUGGAAGAAUCAUCACCUAAAUUACCCAGACAGUCACCUGGAGCCCAGCAUAAAGAUCUACUGAGGCAAGGCAGUAAAUUUAGAAGAGACGUUUCAACAAUAAUGAUGGAAUUAGGAUUUCAAAUUAAAAAAAAAACUAAAAGAUUAUGGAUUAAUAAAGCCAAUAUCUGGAAUAGUGCCUUAGAUGGAUUCAGAAAUCAAAACUUUAAUCCUUCAUACACAAUUGAAGUAGCAUAUAUCAGUGAAAAUGACAAUUUUGGAAGAGAGCAUCCUGGAUCAAAGCAAGAAUUCCUAAGUCUCUUAAUGCAGCAUCUUGAGAAUUCACCAAUAUUUGAAGGGUCCUUGUCAAAGAAUUUGUCUCUAAAUUCUCAAGCUCUGAAAGAGAAUCUUUACUAUGAAGCUGGCAAAAUCCUUGCCAUUUCUUUGGUUCAUGGUGGUCCUUCACCUGGUUUCUUUUCUAAAACCUUGUUUAACUGCCUUGUUUAUGGACCAGAAAAUACCCAACCAAUUUUAGAUGAUGUUUCAGACUUUGACGUGGCACAAAUUAUAAUCAGGGUAAAUACUGCAACAAAUGUGGCUGACUUAAACUCAGUAGUAAAUGAAUGCUAUAACUACCUAGAGCUUAUUGGAUGUCUAAGACUUAUAACUUCAUUAAGUGAUAAAUAUAUGUUGGCAAAAGACAUACUAGUUUACCAUGUAAUUAAGAGAGUCCAAGCACCCUUUGAAAGUUUUAAGCAGGGUCUGAAAACUCUUGGUGUUUUGGAAAAAAUUCAGACUUACCCGGAAGCCUUUUAUAGCAUCUUCUGUCAUAAACCUGAGAAUCUUUCCGCAAAAAUCCUUAGUGAUCUUUUUACAGUACGCACAUUAUCUGAUGUACAGGCUUUGGGAUUUUGGAACAGUUAUUUACAGGCUGUUGAGGAUGGUAAAUCUGCAAUAACAAUGGAAGACAUUCUUAUUUUUGCAACUGGUUGCAGUUCCAUUCCACCUGCGGGAUUUAAACCCACUCCUUCAAUUGAGUGCCUUCAUAUGGAUUUUCCUAUUGGAAACAAGUGUAAUAACUGUUUAGCUCUUCCAAUCACCAAUACAUAUCAAGAGUUUCAAGAAAAUAUGGACUUUGCUAUAAGAAACACUCUAAGACUAGAAAAGGAAGAAGGUUCUCACUACAUUGGACAUUAAAAUGUUUUGAACAAAGAAAUGCUUCUUUACAAGCUGCUAUUGAUACUUUUUGUUUCAGAAAUCUGUCCAUUAUUUGAACAAACUUGUCAGCUUCUUGGCCCAGUAAAAUUUAUAUGAACAUAAAGGAAUGUUUUGGCCACUUAAGCUAAAAAAAUUUUUUGUUAACGUGUACCAGUCAAAGUGAUGAUACUUUUCUAUUUUCUUAAUACACAUGCGUCAUAAAUUUUAAUAUAGUUUUAAAACAUCUGUACAGACUUUUCAAGUAUAAUAGCAUGGUAUAUAUAUAUAUAUGUGUGUGUGUGUAUAUAUAUAUAUAAGAAAAAAACUUAUAUUCACUGUUUCUGCAAAUUAGCAUUAGCUAUAGGAUGCCACAAUGAUUUUUCUAGUUUUUUGUAAUUUUCAAAUUCUUAUUUUAUUUUAAAGCAUUAAAUGAAAAAGCAAAUUGAUAAAUCCUGUUAUAUAAAUCAAAGGCAUAUAUUCUGGGUUGUGUGUUAUAAGUAUUUUUUCUAGGAUGGCUCUAAAUUGGUUAAAAAUGUUUUUAGAUUACUGAUUUAUGUUGAAACAGAUCCACACUGCAAUUAGAUUAUGCCUAAUGGGAAGUAUUAUAUGAAAAAGCAGAAUUGCACAAAUAUUCUAGAACCUAUGGACAUUCCAUGGUCUUAAGAACACUUCUGAGGUGGAUAAAGUAUAGUUGAAAAUACCUUAAAAAAUGUUUAAAGACUUGGCUUUAAUCAUAGGAUUUUCUUUUUUUCUCUGUAUCCCAUGUGUGGUAUUAAGCCACAUUAUGUCUGAUCCAGAAUCAUUUGGGGUGUGUCAAUUUAUCUCUGUGGAUUGCCAUGUGAUAGAUUUGACUCUUUGACAGUUAUUUAUUAUCAAGUUGGUUGUAUGAUAGGUAAGGUGGUACCAUUGCAUUAUACAGUUACCUUCUUUGCUCUUGAGAGAUAUCUGUUAUUAUAUAAGCAAUGUAAAAAUAUGUAAGAAAGAAAUACAAAUAGAAUGAAAAACCCACUCUAAUCUCAGCAUGCAGAAUUAACUACUGUGUUUCAUUCAUUCUAUAAACUAUUUACCUUUCCUUUCCUUUUAAACUUUAUUAAUGUUACUAAAAGUCAAAGAAUAUCUAAAAGUAAUAAGAAAUCAUGUAAUAACAAUUUGAAGGUACAUAGUUCCAUAGUCAUGUCCCCAUGUUUAUACUCUUGCAAAAGAAGAAAGUGGAAAAGUUUAUGUUCCUAAUCUAUUAUCAAACAUAAAUGGGCCUUCCACCAAAGUAAAUUUAAAUUGGACGAGAGGUAAAUCAUUAUGAGAGGUUGGUUUUAACGAUAUUUUUUUUAUAUGCAAAGCAGAUAACAACUAUCAUCAUAUUCUCAUCCUCCGCAAGACAUCCUUAAGUUACUGAUAUUUUCAAAGAAAAACAACAGGACUGAUUUGAUACUGGUGAUGUAUCUCUUAAUACCAAAGGAAAACUAAAACAUAAAUUAAACCCAGCAAAUUAAAGUUUCAUUUUAACUUGAAGUUCUUAAGAACAUUAUACAAGGCAUUUAUUUGUCUUGUAUUGAAUUGUUAGAUCAUCAAAAGUAAUUCAAAGAUUAAGAAAAGAGUUUGAAUAUCUAAUAUAAACUUCAAAUUUGCCAUACAGCUUUUAUUCCAAAUGUGUUGAUAAAUUGGAUAUUUCUCAACUGUACCUAGUUUUUAUAAAAAGCCAUUAAACCAGUAGAAACCAAAAAAUCUAAUUAAAGCUAUUUUCUGGUCAUUUGUAGUUUUAAUUUCUCCUACAGUGGUAAUUAAAACUGAUGAACAUUCACAGUUUUUGGGUGGGGUGGUGUUGUAGGGAAGCAAUGUGCUUGGGUUGACUAUAAUUAAAAACUAUUUCAGCUCUCAUUUCACUAUUUUAUGUGUAGACAGGGCCUUGGGAUAAGGUGUGAUGUAAAUAAUAAUUUAGGAUAUUCACAUUUUAAAGUGAAGCAUACUCAUUGCAAAGCAUUUUCUAGGCUUAAGGAUGUUACAUAAGUUUGAUUUUUAGGUUAAUCUAUAUAGUCAAGGCAUAGAGAAUCCUAUAGGUUAUUUAUUUUCUGCAGUGUUAACUAUGUCACAUGGUUGAUGUUCUUUUUCUAUUCAUCGUUCUAGUCAGUACACAACUCUUACACUGAUUUUUAAAAGUAAUUAUGCUAUAAAGCCUUAUAAAUGUGUAUUUGUAUUUCUUAACUAUUUCAGUCAUCUAAAUGUCAUAUAUUUCAAGUUUGUUUUGCUCUCAAUAUUAAGGAAAACCAUAAAGUCAUCUAUUGUACAUUUACUGUUAAUAGUCUGAUUAGUUUUAAAUUCAUUGUUUUUAGACACUUUCAAAAACUUUUAGUAUGGGAACUUAAUGUGAAGACCUUUUAUACAAUUCUUUACUAUUUUUGUACUUAGUCAUUUUAAUGUUUUAGUAUUUAAGGUUAAAGUUUCUUUAAAAUAUCUUGUCAGAAACUGGGUUAUGAUUUUAUACAUUGUAAUAUUUAAUUUCCAUAUUAUGAAUAAGCCAUUAUUUGGGUCAAGUAAAAAGCCUUCAUUUGAUUACUAACCUGAGAAUUCACUUUGGCUUCUACUUUAUGCCAAACUUGUAAUAAUUUUUUCCCUAAAUUUGUGGAAGCUAUUGGAACUCAAUGCUGAAUGCUAAGUAAAGGAGAUUAUAAUAGGUAAGUUUUUUCCAUGACUUUGCCUUUAGUAUUUAGUCAUUAUAAGAAAAUGAUUAGAACAAAAAUUCUAUUUAUAUGUAAUUGUUUGAUAUAGGGAUUAUCAUUCUUCAUUGUUAGUUUUACAAUAAGCUAUUAAACUAGUGUUUAUGCUUUAAGUAAUGCAAUACAAAGGUUUAUGCUUCAAGUAAUGCAAUACAAAGUAGAACACAUUGAAUAAUGGAUUACUUGAAUGUAUAUGUAGUUUAGAAAAAUUUGGAUUGCUUUGAAAAGACCCAAUUUUCAAGUUCUCAUUUCGACUGUUAUCUUUUCCAGUUGCCAAACAUAUUCCAAUACCUACUGUAUGCCAGAUAUUAUGCUAGGUGAUAGUUGAUGUGGCAGCCUGUUCUCCCCUCCCCCUUUUUUGACUUCAGAUGUAACCAGAAAACAUGAUAUAAUGACGUUUCCUAAAUAAAUAUG